GGCAAGGCGGAGACCCGACGAAAUUUUUGAAUCAUCAUCAAACCGCUGAUAAAUACCAAUUUCUGAUACAAAAUUCAUCACAGUUAUUGUUCUAAUGCUCUGUGCACGCUUAUACUUCGUCAUGAUAAUCUCCCGUUAAUUCUCUAUCUCUCGACGUAAUUUGUAUCCCAUCCAAUGUCCAUUUCGUCGAGACCCGCGUCUUCUUUCUCUCCUUACACCCCUGGACAGCUAUGACGGCUACCGCGUCGCCCGAGUCUGCGCCUUCAUACGACACCACAAAUCCCACAAACUUAAACGGUACAAACGACCAAACCUCCCAACUAAUUUCUGAUAAUUCUACCGCCCUUUUAGAUAGCCCAUCUCUCCCCGACAUAAAAUUAGAAAAAAACACUAGAGACCAAUUGUCCCUAACAAAGGCCGAGGCAAAUGGCACCCACGCGGAUAAAGCAGUUGUCGAAACCCCCAUUAAGAAUGAUGAUGUUGACGAGAGACCUUCUAAACGCCGCCGACUACGUGAUACAACACCCCAAAGCGCAUCCCGUCGACCGAAACCCGAAUCUCCUCCAUGGAAGAGGAUAGAGGCUGAUGGGCCCACCACUUUCACCGAAAAUGGCAAACGCAGGUCUGGACGCACCAACCAAAUACCCUUAGAGCUGCAACCACCAAGUAACAAGAGGAUGACCCGAGGUGCUCUCCACAGCCACCAACCCCCUACUCCAGUCAAAGACAAACGUGCUGUAACUAGUAACCAAGUAAAUGGUUCACAUAAGCACGCGCCAACGGGCAAGAGUGCUCCAUCCAAAGCUUCUACUUCUAGUGCCAAGCCGAACACAAGAAAAUCUCUGACCAACGGCUCCAAACCUUCGCCAAAAACUCGAAGACACUCCCCUUCUCCGCCUCUCCAGACGACACCGCCGAGGCGAUCUGCUCGGACACGACGUAGCUCUAGAACUCUCCGAGACGUUGUCGACACUCCCGAUGGCAGCUCCAAUUAUCCCGCUGAUGAAAGCCCUAACUUGCGCCCAACAAAAAUCCGGCUACGUUUAAAGGGUCCCAGCAUCCCUACUGUUCAUCCAGCUCAAGUCAACGUUUUCCCGGGACAGACCAUCGCACGUGCCAAAAUAGCGUCUGAUUUCUGCGACUUUGUACGCCGUGCGCCGGCUGUAGAUGUCAAGGAUGGCGGCUGGCUCGACCUUGUCGACGAAGGAGACCCUUACACGCAAGAGGCGGCUGAGAAAGAUGCCGAUGUUAUCAUUCGAAUCGAGGCUGAAACGGAGCCUGGUGGACUACUUAGCGAGGAGCGUUCUACGUUGUUUGUCCCGGAACCUGUCGAAGAACCUCCACGACAGUGGGCACACAUGGAUCAUCUUGUCAAGCAAAUGGCCAAUUUUCGAAAGCUAAUGCUAAUGGAACAGCAAAGACACAGAGCUACGGCAAAGCGAUUAGCUGAAGCCUGCCGGGACGAGUGGAUACGUCGACAGCCUAAGACGACAGAGCAAAUCGAAGCCGAGGCUAAGGCGGCGUGGAUCAAUCGCUACAGAGCUGUUACUAAGGCUGUCUCUGGGACAUGGGAGAAUGUUAAAGCCGAGGUCAAUCGACGCCGCCUAGAAGAAUGGGAAGCUGCGGAACAAAAACGAGUUAAAGCUGCCUUGAAUGAAGCUGUCAGCAUGUCAGAACUCAAGUUGCAGGCUCGUCGAGCGCAUUUUGACUCAGAACUUCUAUCUGACGAAGAUGAGGAAGAGCUAGAAGGGUCAGACGAUGAGGCCGACGGCGAGGAUAAUGAACUAGGUUCUGACGAGGGGCUAUCGGAAGAAGCAUCAGACGAAGACGAGGACGAAAAUGAGGACAAUAUGUCUUCUUCCGAUGAUGAUGACGACGACGACGACGCAAAGUCGAACGGUUCGAAUGAAGGCCUCACGCAAGACCAAUUAAGACAGAAAUACGCGAAUGUCCCGGAUUUGGCACCAGAUGACCAAGGCGAGACUACGGAUGAGUCUGUUGACAUGGACGAUGAUUUAGGGUCAAGUGACGGGGAUAUAGACAGCAGUGAAGAGGAUGGCGAAUCGGAGGAAGACGACGAAGAUUCUGGGGCUGACGAGGGUCCUUCUGGGUUACUGGGCCUUCUCUUUGGUAAAUCUGAGCUACAGAAGAUAAAGCAGGAGGCAGUAACAGACGAAUUGCCAUCUCAACGUGAUGUUGAAAUGGCAGACGCCCCUGAGUCAGUACCUGUUAACGGGACGAUUGCCCCCGAUGAUGUUACAUUCGAAAAGGACGCGAAGGAUGACGCAGUACCAGAAGGCGCAGAUGUGCAAGAUAAGACCUCGGUGGCAUUAAUGAAGGGAAAGGAGCAUGUCAUUGAGGGCACUACUCUUAGCCAGGAUCAGGUGUCAGCGAAUCCACCUAGUACUGCGGUUACGGCUGCACCACCAGAAAACCCAUGCGAAGCUAACAAUCCUAAUGUUCCUACUAUAGUGCCGGAACCAUUGCAGGCACAAGAUGUCGAAAUGGAAAUCAUUGAAGCUGUUCAGCAGGUCAAUGAAGACUCUAAUGAGAAUACAUUGUCUGCAGCAGUGAAGCCGAGUGUGGGAGCGGUACCAAGCGUCGAAGCCGCAAAUACGUCGUCAGAUCAGCCACAAGUGACUUCGGAUACAGACGCAAUCACAAAUCCUCCCAGCCGUGAUCGAAGCCAGUCACCCCGGACGUCUGAUACCAAACCUUCAGAAGUCGACACGGCAUCUUCCGUCGUUAAGUCAGGUGCGAGUAGAUCAAGUUCGCCCCAGUAUCAGGUACCGAGGACAGAUGUCCCGUUUUUGCUCCGAGGAACGUUGCGUGAAUAUCAGCAUUAUGGUUUGGAUUGGCUUGCUGGUCUCUAUAGAAAUCAAACUAAUGGUAUUCUUGCGGACGAGAUGGGUCUUGGGAAGACUAUUCAAACCAUCGCCCUCUUAGCUCAUCUAGCCUGUUACCAUGAAGUAUGGGGUCCGCAUCUGGUCAUUGUCCCGACAAGUGUUAUGUUGAAUUGGGAAAUGGAAUUCAAGAAGUGGUGUCCUGGAUUUAAAGUCUUAUCCUACUAUGGUAGUAUUGAUGAGCGUAAGCGAAAACGCCAAGGGUGGAAGACGGAUGACAUGUGGAAUGUGUGCAUCACGUCCUACCAAAUCGUUCUACAAGAUCAGCAAGUCUUCAAGCGCAGACAAUGGCAUUAUAUGAUUCUUGACGAGGCUCACAACAUCAAAAAUUUCAAGUCUAAACGCUGGCAAACGCUCCUCACAUUUAAUACUCGAGCACGGCUCUUGCUCACAGGCACGCCGCUGCAGAACAAUUUAACCGAGUUGUGGUCGCUACUGUUUUUCUUGAUGCCGUCCGAGAACGGGGUCGGCGGGUUUGCAGAUUUAGCAGAGUUCCAAGACUGGUUUCAUAAGCCAGAGUCCCAGAUCUUGGAAAGUGGCCGAGAACAGAUGGACGAUGAGGCUCGUGCAAUCAUUGCCAAGCUGCACAAGGUGCUCAGACCUUAUCUUCUACGGCGUCUAAAAGCAGACGUCGAGAAACAAAUGCCAGCCAAAUACGAGCACGUCGAAUUCUGUCGGCUAUCGCGCAGACAGCGAGAAUUGUACGAUGGAUUUCUAUCCCGUACGGACACCAGAGAAGCCCUUUCUUCGGGCAACUAUAUCUCGGUUAUCAACUGUCUCAUGCAACUACGUAAAGUUUGUAACCAUCCAGAUCUAUUCGUGGAACGUCCAAUCAUGACAUCUUUCCGACAACGUAGGUCAGUCCUAGCCGGUUACGAGGCGACUGGGAGCCUUAUUCGAGGAAAAUUACUCGAAGAAAAGCCUAUGAAUGUCAUCAGCAAGAGUUUCCUCAAUCUCAUUCCAGCCCACCACGAGGGUUUAUCAAGAUCAGUGUGCGAUCGAGUUUAUCAACUUAGCGCCCAUCGCCCAUUGAUGGACCUCCGCGAAGCUCAGAAGGCGCGAGCCCAGGCUGCUUACACAAAUCUAGAUCCUGCUAGUGUAGAGUCCAAUAUUGUGUACCUAGAGAGCGCGGCGCGAUGGGGUCGUUUCGAGGAAUUACAACACUGCGUCUACCUAAACGCACUCAGGCGACAACAACGUCCAAUAUAUGGUAAACAACUUACGGACUUCCUGACUCUUGGUAUCAGCAUACGACCGCACAAGCCUCGUCCAAAAGUCCCACGGAAGAUCAUGAGUUGGUUUGAAGAGGAUUCACUUGUUUUACGAUCAAUGGUACCUACGCUCGAUCAGCGUGCUGCAUCCAUGAAGACCAUUAUCUCUAAGUUUGCUUGUGUCACGCCAGCUGUCGUUACUCGGGAUUUUGACCGGUUCGUACUCGGCUCCAGCGGCGUGGAGAUGUUCGAUGAGACAAAUCUCAAGUUGUCAGCUCCAGUACGACAUUCGCCGUUCAUGCAGAAAGAAGCACCGCUUGAUCCAUGGCACGAAGCCCGUAUGAGGCUCAGCAUCCAGUUCCCUGACAAGAGGCUUCUACAGUAUGAUUGCGGAAAAUUGCAGGCUCUCGACCGUCUCUUACGCAAGUUGCAAUCUGGUGGCCACCGUGCCUUAAUCUUUACGCAGAUGACAAAAGUGCUCGAUAUUCUUGAACAGUUCCUCAAUAUUCAUGGGCACAAAUAUCUGCGACUUGAUGGUGCUACGAAAGUAGAGCAACGGCAAAUUUUAACAGAUCGCUUCAACCACGACCCGCGGAUUCUCUGCUUCAUCUUAUCUACACGAUCGGGUGGUCUUGGCAUUAACUUGACUGGAGCCGAUACUGUUAUUUUCUAUGAUCAAGACUGGAACCCUGCGAUGGACAAGCAAUGCCAAGACCGAUGUCAUCGCAUCGGUCAGACGAGGGAUGUGCAUAUCUAUCGGCUCGUAAGUGAGCACACCAUCGAGGCGAAUAUUCUUCGCAAAGCAAGCCAGAAGCAAAUGCUCGACGAUAUCGUAAUCCAGGAGGGUGGCUUUACUACCGACUACUUCAAUAAGCUCUCGGUGCGUGACGUUAUUGGCGGCACCCCGGACGAGACUGAUGUAGUCGGCGACGCAAUGGACCGCGUUCUCGGCGGUGUAGAGAACAGCGACCAACGCACAGUCGGCCGAGUUCUCGAGCAGGCUGAAGACCGCGAAGACGUAGAUGCCGCUCACGUGGCGGAGAAAGAGAUACAGGAAGACGAAGCCGACUUUGCUGAAAAACCGGUGACUGGAAGCGCAUCUGGCUCUUCAAGUACUAGGCUGGGCACUCCCAUAACCCGAGAUGGAUCACUUACACCGGGCAUCGGAAAGUCAAAUCUUGGGCUAUACUCCGAGUCCGCAGAUGCAGAUGACCCAAUCGAAGAGAUUGAGACUAAUGCUUGGGGAGAGACAAUUCACAGCAUCGACGAGUACAUGCUUGCUAUAAUGGGCAAACAGCUAGAAGGUACAGCGUUGGAGCUCCCCAAGGAUAAGAAGAAGAGCAAGAGUAAAAAGGGCAAAGAUACUCGCAAGCGUUGAUGUCACCCACACGAGCUACAAUUCACUCCUCGUAGCGCCAAACCGCGAUAAGAGGACAACUUGGGCAAUUGAGCUGGAUAUUACGGAGCCUAAUGUCAGCUAUAGCAGAUCAAUUUGGCAACACGCAAAGGCGUCGGUUAUAGAGACAAUAAAGGAGGCGAUGAGCACUGGAAAAUAGUCACGGAGACAGGUUUUAUACGUUGCAUAUAUUGGUGUUUUUGCACGGGGUGAACAAGGGUUAGGCGGCAUAUUGUAGGACUUUGCAUCGCGUUGGUAUGAUAGGCUUAUUACGUGUUGGAGUUGGGGAUGUCAUGAAAAAGAGCAAUUAGAACCUUGUAUCUGUACGAACCAGGGGUCACUAGUAGAUAAUAACGAGACGAAAAAACGAGAGAUGACCGCUCUAGCGGAAUUCACCACUUCAGCAAACAUAAUUAAUGGUAGCCUUUGUAUAGCUAAGGAGUGAUAUGACUGGCAACGCUAGAGAAUACAUAGG